AUGGGAAGUGAGUUUGAAAUGAGCAUGAUGAGGGAAUUGAAGUUUUUCCUGGGAUUGCAAGUUAAGCAAACUCCUAAGGGCACGAUGACAAGUCAGCAUAAGUACAUUAAAGAGUUCCUAAAGAGAUUUGAGAUGGAAAGUUCAAAACUCAUUGAUACCCCUAUUGCUACUGCCACUCGUCUGGACAUAGAUGAACCUGAUUCUCCUGUGAAUGAAACCAUGUACAGAAGAGAUAAUUUAUACUUGAUUGGGUAUGCUGACGCUGAUUAUGCUGGUUAUCUGGUGGAUAGAAAAAGCACUUCUGGCAUGGCACAUUUUCUGGGAUCGUGUCUGAUUUCAUAUGGUAUAAGGAAGCAAAAAUAUGUGGCUCUUUCAACUGCAGAAGCCGAAUAUGUGACAAUAGCCUCUUGCUGUGCUCAAUUGUUGUGGAUCAAGCAGUGA